AGGCGAGAUGGCACAGCAGGCAAAGGCGAUUGCCGCCAAAGCCGAUAAAAUUCCAUCUAAAAUUCUAUACUGAGAUCCUCAUGGCAGGAGUGAGCCUCCUGCAACUUAUGACCUCCGCGCGCAUCUGUUUCUGUCGCACGUACUCCACCUACAUAGGGUGAGAAUGGGGAGGAAGAGGGAAGGAAGGAAGAGUGAAGGAGAGAGAAGGGAGAUUGUAACAGUAAAAAAUAAGCUCUGGAGAGCAGCACUGCCACCGAGGCUCAGUCCCUGGGACCACCGAGGCUCCCGACCUGGCGGAAGCACUUCCGCCCCCAUCCAUGAUGGCGGGAGGGCGGGGCGGGGCUGGCAGGCGGAAGCGGCCGGCGGAUCCCUGGCUUAGCACCAUGGCGGCCGCGACCGCCUCCUCCGCGCUCAAGCGGCUGGAUCUGCGCGAUCCCAACGCGCUCUUCGAGACUCAUGGAGCGGAGGAGAUCCGCGGGCUGGAGCGCCAGGUCCGAGCCGAGAUCGAACACAAGAAGGAGGAGCUGCGGCAGAUGGUGGGCGAGCGGUACCGCGACCUGAUCGAGGCGGCGGACACCAUCGGCCAGAUGCGCCGCUGCGCCGAGGGCCUGGUGGACGCCGUGCAGGCCACCGAUCAAUACUGCGCCCGCCUCCGCCAGGCCGGCUCCGUGGCGCCCCGGGUCCCACGGGCCCCGCAGCCACAGCCGCCGUCCGAGAAGUUCUACAGCAUGGCCGCCCAGAUUAAGCUGCUGCUGGAGAUCCCGGAGAAGAUCUGGAGCGCCAUGGAAGCCUCGCAGCACCUCCAGGCCACACAGCUCUACCUGCUCUGCUGCCACCUGCAUAGCCUGCUGCAGCUGGACUCCUCUAACUCCAGAUACAGCCCCAUCCUCUCGAGAUUUCCAAUCCUCAUCCGCCAGGUGGCAGCAGCCAGCCACUUCCGGUCAACUAUUUUGCACGAAAGCAAGAUGCUGCUCAAAUGCCAGGCUGUGUCGGACCAGGCUGUGGCCGAAGCCCUCUGCUCCAUAAUGCUCUUGGAGGAGAGCUCUCCGCGCCAAGCCCUCACAGACUUCCUGCUGGCCAGAAAGGCGACUAUUCAGACGCUCCUGAACCAGUCUCAUCACGGUGCUGGCAUCAAGGCCCAGAUUUGCUCUUUGGUGGAGCUGCUGGCUACCACUCUGAACCAGGCACAUGCCCUUUUCUACACCCUACCAGAAGGCGUGCUGCCCGACCCAUCCCUGCCCUGUGGCUUGCUCUUUUCUACCCUGGAGACAGUCACAAGGCAGCAUCCCACUGGAAAGGGCAUCGGUGCCCUCCAAGGGGAGAUGAAGCUAUGCAGCUGGUUCAGACACCUGCCCACCUCCAUUAUCGAGUUCCAGCCCACACUCCGAACUCUCGCACAUCCCAUCAGCCAGGAGUACCUGAAAGACACGCUGCAGAAAUGGAUCGACAUGUGCAAUGAAGACAUUAAAAAUGGGAUCGGCAAUCUGCUUAUGUACGUGAAGAGCAUGAAGGGUCUGGCAGGCAUCAGAGACGCCAUAUGGGAUUUGCUUAGCAACGAGUCUGCCAGCCACAGCUGGGAGGUGGUGUGUCAGCGGCUUCUGGAGAAGCCGCUCUUGUUCUGGGAGGACCUGAUGCAGCAGCUCUUCCUGGAUCGGUUACAGACACUGACCAGAGAAGGCUUUGAAUCCAUCUCCAACAGCUCCAAAGAGCUUCUAGUCUCAGCUCUGCAGGAGCUGGAGACCAACAACUCCACAUCGAACAAGCAUGUCCACUUUGAGCAGAACAUGUCUUUCUUCCUCUGGUCCGAGAGCCCCAACGACCUGCCUUCUGAUGCUGCCUGGGUCAGCGUAGCAAACCGGGCUCAGUUUGCCAGUAGUGGCCUCUCCAUGAAAGCCCAAGCCAUUAGCCCGUGUGUCCAGAACUUCUGUUCUGCCCUGGAUUCUAAGCUGAAGGUUAAACUGGACGACCUCCUGGCCUACCUUCCCUCCAGUGACACACCAUUGCUCAAGGAUACCACCCCCACGCACCAGCCUAAGAACUCUGCCUUUGAUCGAUACGCAGAUGCUGGGACCGUGCAGGACAUGCUGCGUACGCAGUCCGUGGCCUGCAUCAAGUCCGUCGUGGGCUGCAUCCAGGCAGAGCUGUGCACCAUUGAAGAAGUCACACGGGAACAAAAGGAUGUCCUUCACAGCACCAAGCUGCACGCAGUCCUCUUCAUGGCCAGACUCUGCCAGUCUCUGGGAGAGCUGUGCCCUCACCUAAAGCAGUGUGUUGUGGGACAGUGCGGGGGUUCUGAGAAACCUGCCAGGGAGGCGAGGGCUCUGAAAAAGCAGGGGAAGGGGAGAGCUCAGGAUGUCCUCCCCGCGCAGGCCCAGUGGCAGGGAGUGAAGGAAGUCCUGCUCCAACAGAGCGUCAUGGCCUACCGGGUCUGGAGCACAGCACUUGUGAAAUUUCUGAUUUGUGGAUUCACUCGAUCACUGCUUCUCAGGGAUGCCGGCUCAGUCCUGGCCACUGCCACCAAUUGGGAUGAACUAGAAAUUCAAGAGGAGACAGAGUCUGGCAGCAGUGUCACGUCUAAGAUCCGCCUCCCUACUCAGCCCUCCUGGUAUGUACAGUCCUUCCUGUUUAGCUUAUGCCAGGAAGUUAAUCGGGUUGGAGGCCAUGCUUUGCCAAAGGUCACCCUACAGGAGAUGCUGAAGACCUGCAUGGCCCAAGUCAUAGCUGCCUAUGAGCAACUCACAGAGGAAAACCAGAUAAAGAAAGAAGGGGCAUUUCCAAUGACCCAGAACCGAGCCCUGCAGCUCCUCUACGACCUACGCUACCUCACCAUGGUUCUGAGCAGCAAGGGGGAGGAGGUGAAGAGUGGCCGGAGCAAGGCAGACUCCAGAAUGGAGAAGAUGACCGAGAGGCUGGAGGCCCUCAUUGACCCUUUUGACCUGGAUGUCUUCACACCGCAUCUCAACAGCAACCUCAACCGCCUGGUGCAGCGGACUUCAGUUCUAUUUGGCUUGGUUACAGGCACAGAGAAUCAGUUUGCCUCCCGGAGCAGCACUUUCAACUCCCAGGAGCCCCAUAACAUACUGCCGCUGGCCUCCAGUCAGAUCAGGUUUGGACUCCUUCCACUGAGCAUGACAAGCACAAGAAAGGCGAGGGCAACCAGUAGAAGCGUUGAAACCCAAGCCCAGUUCCACAAGAGGAAAUGGGGCAGUGUUGCAAAGCCCCUCCCCAAAGCCGUCUGCAGGCCCGGAUGAGCUGCAUCGCCAGUCUCCGAGCAAAAGCACCCAGUGCCCUGUGCUGUCUGGCCCCGCCCUCCCAGCCACAGGUGAAAAGCAAGGUUCCUUCCCAGUCUGGAAACAAGGAAUGGGCAAAGCCUGGCCACGCCCUCUCACCAGGUGAUGCUAACUUUUAACAUUAACUCGAGGGCUGCAAGGGGGACGGCCCUUGUUACACCUGUGCUUGAAAGGCACUAAAUUCUUUUCCCAACACUGGUGCCGUGUUGUUUGCUAACAGCAUCCUCAGGAAAGCAGUGGCCACUCUAAAGAAUCCAGUUUUGAAAAUUUGAAGAAAAGGAGUCUCAAAUACAGUCAGCCAUUAUAUCCUCAUAACCACCUGGCAGCACGGUACAGCCAGAAGGGCACUGUCCUGGGACAAAUUGUGGAGUCCUUAUAGGCUUCUGAUGUACUUGCCAGAACACCAGCUGCUCUCAUGCCCACUAUGCAAACAAACAAAUGUGCCUGCUAUUAGGCUGUCCCCAGAGCUGCUCAGGCACUUGGUAAACAUUUACUAAGCUCAGUCAGGGGAAAUGGUGGUAAUGAAUCCACAGAUAACCAGAGUCCAAGACUACUUACUGGGAGAGAAAGGCAGCGGAGCAUGCUGGGUAAACAUGGGAGAGGAAGGAUCCUAAGGGUGGCUCUGCUAGUCUAUGAGCUAAACUUUAAAUAGGCAGGAAACAACAAACCAGGAACAAAUGAAAAAAGUGUCUUGAGGGUGACAAGUUCCCAGUGUGGUACCUGUGGCACAGCUGGACUGUGUCAAGGGCUGGUGAACUAUAAAACACAGAGAGAGGUUGUAGCUAGAGUACACGAGCCACUGAGGCCCCAGCAGAGGUUCUGAGCACUCAAGUCAUGCUUCUAGUUGGAAUCUUAAGUUAGGAUCACAGGGAUUUGUAUGUGAUGAAGAUACAGAAGAAAGGCCCAUGGAGGUUUCCUCAUAAGGCUGAGCAGGAGGUGGUCACAGGGGACUAGAAAUGUUGGAGGUAUAUGUCAUACCCCGAGUGGGACUGCAGGGCUCAGAGGGAGAUGAAGGAGACACCCAGCUAACUAAGGACACAGGACAUGCAUGCAAGGGCAGCAGCUAUCAGGAAACACUUGUUGAAUUAUCACCUGCUCUGCUCACACUACCUGCAAGUUUUAGCUGAGUCAACAACGAAGCCAAGCAAGGAGAGGAAGGGAAUGUUCCUGAGAAAAUACCACAGGCUACAGACAGACAAGGCGGAUGGGGUAGGGAAGGAGAGUAGGACGCUGCAGAUGGGUGAGUUAGGAAGGAGAAGGGCACAAAAGCAGACCAGAGAAGAACCAUGUUCACACCGUGAACCCGAAAGGUACGAAGGGAGAAAAACCCAUCAACGGCCCCCGGGAACCUGGCAAGCUGUGACAGGCAGGAAGAAGGCACGAUGCAGGAACUGCAGAGCAGAGAAUGAAUACACUAUAGAAGGCCAUCCUUGUUUUCUCUAAUUCCUCACAAGAGACGGGGAACUGCUGUCCCCCUGGGUAGGCUUUACCAUGCUGUGAAGCAUGUUUAAACCCUUUCCAGCAUGGCAGAAACGAAACACCUCUAAAUACUGCUACUACUCAGAAGCUUUAGAAAGCUGCCCAAGCAAACAUGUUAAUUGUGGAGUCUCUAUGCUUCAUAAAAAUCAAAACUAGGCCAUGUAUGGCCUGUAGUUCCAACAUGCUGAAAAUAAAGGAAGAUCUUGAACUUAAAGCUGGCCUGGGCCAUCUGAGCUAUAAAAUACUCAAGAACCAAUUACAGAAAGGGAGACAUCAAGCUAAACCAAGGAUGGUGCUCCCUCCCUGUGCAUGCUUCCUCCCCGAUGGCCAGCCUGCACACAGUUAAAUGGUGCUCCUCAGGCUGUGAGGGAACUCUUAUCAAGUCUUACUAGGCUGUGUCCCCUCGGUGCCAGGCAAGAAGCACACACUGCUGCAACAGCACCCAAUCAGUGAUGAGGAAAUCAACCCGGAAAGGUGUUGAUGUGACCUGCUCCCAGGGAAGGAUUCCACCUCUUCAGAUGCUGGAGGCCAGGGAGGUCCUAGACCUUGGUGGGGAAGCUAAAUGGAUCUGAUGUGCCCAUUCAACUGCAAUCUCCAUCCUCCUAGUACAGAUUAGUAAGUCUGGUGUAGGCAAGUGGGAACUUCUCAAGGAUCUCUAAGCCGAACACGGGACAUCUAUAGCACCUCCUCCCUCGUAUCACAGAAACUGGGAAGGAAAGACUGUAAGAGCCAGAGGAAGUAGGUGAGUGAGCAUGUAAUAUGCUUCAGAGCACGGCAGUGUCUGUGCAGCUUGGAGCUCGGAGGAGAAGCAUUUACUGGUGCAAGACAUGUGCAAGAUCAGACUAGGCUCAGGGGUAAAGGUACUUUACUGCCAUGCCAGACAACCUGAGUUCAACAGCCAGGAUCUACAUAGUGUAAAGAGAAAACCAACUUCCAUAAGUUGUUCACUGUUCUGUAUAAAUAAAUAAAGGUAAUUUUAAAAAGUUAAA